CCUAAACCGAUUUGCGUUUGCACCACUUUGAGCACUUCCGGUGUGACAUAGGACCGCUCUGCGUACUUCAGGCGGAGAUUGGACGCUGAUGGGGGACGAAAAGGACUCCUGGAAAGUUAAAACUCUUGAUGAAAUCCUGCAGGAGAAGAAACGCAGAAGAGAAUUAGAAGAGCGGUCUGACAAAAAGCGGCAAAAAAAUUUCACACAGGACCCUGUUUUACAGGCGGAUGAACGGGAAUCUAAACGGGACACUCCUGAAGAAGGAGAAUUACGUGAUCAAAGAAUGGAAAUAACAAUUCGUAAUUCCCCGUACACUCGGGAAGACUCUACUGAAGACAGGGGAGAAGAAGAUGAAUCACUUGCCAUCAAGCCUCCUCAGCAGAUAGCAAGGAAAGACAAAUCGCACCAUAGAAAAGAAGAGAAGAGAAAAGACAAGAGACGGCACCGCAGUCACUCAGCUGAAGAAGCAAAACAUGUGCGGCCAAAAGAGAAGGAAAAAGAUCGAGAAAGUGACCGCCGUAAGCGUCACUGGGAGGAAGAUAAGGCUCGGAGAGACUGGGAGAGACAGAAAAGACGAGAACAGGCCCGGGCACACUCACGGAGAGAGCGUGACCGAUUGGAGCAGCUGGAAAGGCAGCGUGAACGAGACCGAAAGCUUCGUGAACAGCAGAAAGAACAACGUGAACUUAAGGAGCAAAGGGAGUUUAAGGAGCGUGAGAGAAGAGUGGAGGAGAGGCGUAAAGACAGAGGAGACUGGAGACAAGUUGUGCAGACUCAUCACCGAGCUCCAGCAGAAGAAUAUGAAGACAAGCUGAAGCCAAGACAACGCAGCCGCAGUCCCACGUGGGCUCCAAGAGACAGGGCUGAACACAAUGAACCACGCAAAACCACAGAGCUGAAGGAAGAUAAGCCUGAACUCAAAGACCUGUUGGCAGAUCUCCAGGACAUCAGUGACAAUGAGCGAAAGACCACCUCUGCAGAAUCCUCUAUUGCCUCUGGAUCAGGCUCAGAGGAGGAAGACGAUGAUGAGGAAGAGGACGAUUCCAGCAGCCAGAGUGAAGCAGAGGGUGAAGGGGAGGAAGAGUCGGCGUCUGGAUCAGCCCGCUCGGAGCAGAGUGCAGAAGAGGUGAGUGAGGACGAACAGUCUGAGGAUGAGUCUGAAGAGGAGAGAGAGAACGGAAACCACAUCCCACCAGUGCCAGAGUCACGAUUUGACCACAAUUCAGAACAGAGUGCUGAUGACACAGAGGAGGAGGAAGAGGAGGAAGAAGAUGGGCGAGAGGGUAAUCCCACUCCUCAAUCUCAGACCCACUCUCAUUCUGCUACCCCUGAAGAGAACUACAUUCCUGACUCUCCCCCCUUGUCCCCUGUGGAACUGAAGAAGGAACUGCCCAAGUACUUGCCUGCCCUCCAGGGCUGCCGCAGUGUGGAGGAGUUUCAGUGUCUAAACAGGAUCGAAGAGGGAACUUAUGGAGUCGUGUACAGAGCUAAAGACAAAAAGACUGAUGAAAUUGUGGCUUUGAAAAGACUUAAGAUGGAAAAGGAGAAGGAGGGCUUCCCCAUCACGUCUCUACGAGAAAUCAACACUAUUCUUAAGGCUCAGCACCAGAAUAUCGUCACUGUGCGGGAAAUUGUUGUUGGGAGUAAUAUGGACAAGAUUUAUAUUGUGAUGAACUAUGUAGAACAUGACCUGAAGAGCUUGAUGGAAACCAUGAAACAGCCCUUCCUGCCAGGUGAAGUGAAGACUCUGAUGAUCCAGCUGCUCAGAGGGGUCAGACAUCUACAUGAUAACUGGAUUCUCCAUCGGGACCUCAAGACUUCCAAUCUGCUGCUUAGCCACAAGGGAAUCCUCAAGAUUGGAGACUUUGGACUUGCCCGUGAGUAUGGCUCUCCUCUGAAGCCCUAUACUCCUGUGGUGGUCACUCUGUGGUACAGGUCUCCAGAUCUGCUUCUAGGUGCCAAGGAGUACUCCACAGCUGUAGACAUGUGGUCAGUGGGCUGCAUUUUUGGAGAGCUCCUCACCCAGAAACCGCUGUUCCCUGGAAAGUCUGAAAUCGACCAAAUUAACAAGAUCUUUAAGGACUUGGGCUCACCUAGUGAGAAGAUAUGGCCUGGCUACAAUGAGCUGCCUGCAGUGAAAAAGAUGUCUUUCACAGAGUAUCCCUAUAACAACCUGCGAAAGCGUUUCGGAGCUCUGCUGUCGGACCAGGGCUUUGACCUUAUGAACAAAUUCUUGACCUACUGUCCAGCCAAGAGAAUUACUUCAGAUGAGGCGCUCAAGCACGAGUACUUCAGGGAGACGCCGCUGCCCAUCGAUCCCUCCAUGUUCCCCACGUGGCCGGCCAAGAGUGAGCAGCAGAGGGUGAAAAGAGGCACCAGCCCACGGCCUCCCGAGGGAGGCCUGGGCUACAGUCAGCUGGGUGAUGAUGACCUGAAAGACACAGGCUUCCACCUGACAACCAGUAACCAGGGAGCAUCAGCUGUGGGCCCUGGAUUCAGCCUGAAGUUCUGAGGCUACACCAAGACUGAGGAAUAGUCUGUGGAGCGAGAUGUGGGGCUGGUUUACUCCAGCAAAACUGCCACCAACUGUCAGGACUGUCUCACAGCAAAGACUCUGGUGCUCAGACACAUCCACACAUCCACACUUGUGCUGGGUUUGGCUCUUAAAGGGGGUGACCAUAAAUCUAUUCACGUUUAGCUCAUGUUUGUUUUAUUUUCCUUUUCUACUGGAUGGAGAGGACCAGGCUCUAAAUGGUUGGUAUUUCCUGGCUGCCGCAGCUACUGUAUUAUGAUGCAGCGCUGGCUUCGUUUUCUUGUCACCAUUAGAGCCAUUACUUAGCAAGAUCAGCCUGUUCUGUCAUCAGAACAGUUUUUCCUAGAAAUAAAAGUUUAAGAUUUUU